AUGGCUGACCGGAAGCCUCAGAACAAUGGGUUUUCCAGCCAAACUCAAAUACCCAUUCCAGGCCUCGAUCCACGAAACAAGUAUGCCUUUGCUUGUGCUAUUUUAGCUUCCAUGACUUCCAUGUUAAUUGGUUAUGAUGUUGGGGUGAUGAGCGGAGCAGGACCGUUCAUCAAGGAUGACCUGAAGAUCUCGGACGUGCAGCUGGAAAUCCUGAUGGGCAUCCUCAACGUCUAUUGCCUCCUCGGUUCCGUCGCCGCGGGCCAAACCUCCAAUUGGGUGGGGCGCCGGUACACCAUCGUUGUCGCCUCCGCCAUCCACUUCUUAGGAGCCAUCCUCAUGGGCUUCGCCACCAACUACGCCUUCCUCAUGGUCGGUCGCUUCGUAGCCGGCAUCGGCGCUGGCUACGCCAUCAUGAUCGCCCCCGUCUACACCGCCGAGCUCUCCCCCGCCAACUGUCGUGGCUUCCUUGGCUCUUUCCCCGAAUUCUUCGGCAACGCCGGUGUAUUGCUGGGAUAUGUAUCAAACUAUGCGUUCUCGAAGCUUCCACUUCAAUUAGGAUGGCGAUUCAUGCUCGGAGUCGGAGUGAUUCCCUCGAUGUUCUUGGCGUUGGGGGUCCUCGCCAUGCCGGAAUCGCCACGGUGGCUCGUUUUACAAGGUCGGCUGGGAGACGCCAAGCGAGUUCUGGACAAGACCUCCAACUCCAAAGAGGAGGCUCAGUGCGUUGCGGGUAUGGUCGUGUCCCUGGCGACUCUAGGGGUGAGUUUGACUAUUAUAGAUCACUCGGAGAAGAAAUUGAUCUGGGCCGUUGCUUUGGCGAUCACGUCAGUCCUAGCAUAUGUUGCCACGUUCUCGAUUGGGAUGUGGCCCAUCACGUGGGACAAGCUUGGGAGUGGCAGCUAAUUGUGUGAUGAAUGGAAUUAUAUCGAUGACUUUUCUCUCUCUCUACUCAAGGACCUCCACCAGAGUGAUCACUUUCCAACCCAUCAUUCACCACCUUUUGCACAUAUCCAUACCCUUUUUUAUUUUUUUAACCCAAUCUUCACUCCAGCUGUCCACUUCCGUUGCUCCACUUUCUUUAUUUUCUUUUAUCUUUCUUUUUUCAUUUUUAAAAUAAAAUAAAAAUAAUAA